AUGCCUAUCUUCAAUUUCCGUCGUCAUACCCAUUUAUCAUACCUCGUGCAACAACAGGAAAGCUUUGCCUUGGCCCAGCUGACUCACAGGAACAUCUCUCAAAACCAUAAGUUCCAGGCUGUUGGACUUGGAUGGGUUUUUGCUGAUUCUGUGCUCCUGGAAGCAAAUGCUAAUCUGGUGUUGAGUAUAUCCCUUGCUGCAUUGGGAUCAUUGAUGUGGCUUCGAACGGAGAUUCCGUCAUAUCUACAGGCGGCGGCUGCGGUGGUGGCCGAGGCUGUUGUAGCGGUGACACAGGCGGCAGCGAAGAUGGGGAGGCCUCGAACAGGUUCCUUGCCAGAGGCCACGGAGGUGUUUUGGCGCUGA